AUGGUCAAUCAAUAUCAAAAAUGGGCUACUUGUUAUUUUGGUUAUUUCAAUAUAUUUUUCCCAGUCUUGUCUCAACCUCAUUUUAUGCGUCAACUCUCUGAACAAACAGUUGAUCCCUUAUUACUUUAUGCUGUUUGUGCUAUUGGUGCAAAAUAUUCUGAAAAUGAUCAAGAAACAAGUACUUUUUAUUAUGAACGUUGCCAGUGCAUUUUGAAUAUGUCUCGUGAUCCUAUUACACUGUCCACUGUGCAGGCAUUGGUGAUAUUAUGUUGGUAUUCCUAUCUAUUGGGCAAUAUGCAAACUUGCUGUGACUUACGCCACCGUCUACUUCAAUCUGCUAAUGACCUUCAACUCUGCCGAGACCCCGGAUCAUCAUUGGGCAUUGUAGAUAUCGAAAUGCGUCGGCGUGCGUUCUGGGUC